CCAAUCAGCGGCGAGGAUGGUGGCGAAGUGUGUUGUGUGCUGAACGCUACGAGCAAGGCUAGACAGUCAGUAUGGCGGAGGGGAGCAGUGUGAGCGGCUCAGAGGGGCUGGAGAAGCAGCUGCAGAGCCUGUUGAGCCGCUUCUCCGGGGACGAAUCCGGGGCUGACAGCGAGCUGUUCUGCGCUGAUUUCUGCAAGGCGGUGGAGGAGCAUGCCUCUCACUGGAGCGUCCCGCUGCCCCAGCUCAGGAUCCUCCAAAUAGCUCUUCAUCACUUUUCUCAAGCCUCAGCCUUCCUCCCGACAAGCUGUGACUCUGUGCAGCGCACCAUCAGCAGCCUGGCUCUGAGCGUGUUUGAGCUGCUGCUGUUUUUUGACCAGAAGGACCAGCAGGCGCUGGAGCAUUUCACCGCCACAUUCCAGGAGUCUCACGCAGUCUUAGCGAAGUAUGAAAACGUUUUUUUACUCCACGUGGAGCGUUUACUCCGACAUGGCGGGCCGUGGGCCAACGCCGCCUUACAGGCCAUCCUCAGCGAAUCCAGUUUACCUCAGGAUGAAGUGGACGGUUACAUCAGCUCCGAGCCGCCCGUGUUCCUCGACCUCCGCGUCCGCUACCUUACCUCCUGCGGGCGCCACAGCGAGGCCGCCGCCCUGGCCAAGCGUUGCGCCCGGCAUCCCGCCGCGGGACAGCUGCUGUUCUUCCUCCAGGUCUACCUCUCUUGGCUUCUGAGGACGGCUCGGCACGACCUGCUACACGACGAGGUGGCCGACGUCGGCGGUAAAGACGCGCUGCAUCUCAUCUGCAGCUUGGAGCGGGAGGUCGGCGACGAGGCGCUGCUGGUCCUCAGCACCUCCGUGCUGUCCCAGCAGCUGCAGCGGGGAGACCUGCACCACCUCUGCGACCUCGUCCUGGUGUGGACCAGCCUGCACAGGCGCGUCAACACGUCCAAACGGGCUCUGCUGGAGGCGUGCCGUCAGCUGAUGCUCUCCGCCACCAACGUCAAGUCCAUCUUCCCCUUCAUCAGAGCCGUGCUGGAGGAGGUCGGCGAGGACGGCGUGCAGUUCUGCGUGGAGCUCUGCGCCAACGCUCUGAGGUCUUGUCUUCCGUGCGACGUCCUCACCAAGACGCUGAUUUAUAAAACGGUGGCCGGGCUGCUGCCCAGCGACCUGGACGUGUGCCGGGUCUGCGCUCUGCUCGUCUUCUUCCUGGAGCGCUCCGUAGAGUCCUAUAAGACGGUGUACCUCCUCUACAUGCACCCUGACCAGGAGUACCACGUGGACGACAGCCCCAUCGGGAACAACGUUCGCUUCGAGACGCUGCAGGUCUUGAAGAAGGACCUGUACUUCGACCCGGAGUUCUGGAACCUCAUGGCUCUGCGGACCAGCUGCCUGGAGCUGAUGAGCGAGAAGGUGGUCAGCGCCGCCCUGGAGGAGAUCAUGGAGGACAAGUGGAUCUCCAAGUACUGCACCAGGAGCUCCGCCCUGCGCUCCGUCUGCCAGAGAGGAGCCGCCGCCAAGAGGCGUCGCCAGAAGGAGGACCGCUUCUGUAAGAGAGAUUCCACCGCCGCGUCCAAGCGCUUAAGGAUGGACGCGGAGAAGCUGCGGCUGAACAACCACGCGCUCAGACGGCGAGGCGGCCAAUCGCGGCGGGAGGCCUCCGCGGCGCCGCUGAGGCGCUCCUUCUGGCAGCUGGACAGGAUCCACGGCAGCUUGACGCUGCGCUACGACGAGCACCGCCGCACCACCAGGUUCUCGGAGCGCAACCUGCCCAAGCGCAAGAUCAAGAAGCCCAAGUGGCUCCUGGAGGACUCGGGCACGCUGGAGAUCGUUCCCCUGAAGAUGAAGAAGAACGGGCUGAAGCAGCAGAGGCUCCUCCGCUCCUGCGUCAUGAAGAGGCCCCAGAGGCCGCCGGUGAAGAGCGCCGCCAAGCUCAAGCCGCCGGCCGGCGCUCCGCCGAAGGCGAAGGAGAACGCCGAGCGGCAGAACGGCUUCCCUCUGGACGCGGAGGCGCUGGCGAGCCCGCCGCACGCCAUCCUGGAGCUGUCGCUGCCGGACAACGAGCUGCUGGAGACGUUCAGCGACGACGCCUGCAGCAAACCCAGGAGGCUACCCCAGGUGCUGCUCUACAAGCCCAGGCCUCCCGACGGCCCCCCGCCCGCCAGGACGGGCCACGGCAAGGAGGUGGUGCUGAGGGCGCGGGACGGCGCCACCUUCGCCCAGCUGCUGCACUGCUACGCGCGCCGGCAGAAGGGCAACGGCUCCAACCUUCACAGCUCCGUGUCCACCAUCACGCGCUCCUCGGCGCAGGUCAGCCCGACUAAGGAGUCGGAGCUCUGCGAUAGGCCCGUCCCCAGGGAGCGGGGGCCGCACGCCGCCGAGACGUCUCCUCAGAGCGCCGCGGAGCAAUCCUCCGCUCACCCUGAAGCCGAGGCGGCCUCGCCGAACGCGAGCGGCGCGGAAACGUUCGAGGAGCCGGCCGUGGAGAUGAAGGUCACCAUCGCUUCGCCGGCGUCAGUCCUGGACAAAGUGUCUCCAACGAGAGACGCUGCAGCCUCACACUUCUCAAAGGCGGCGAGGAGCCGCAGGAAAUCCACAGAUGACACGGCGCCGAGCUCCAUCAGCGGCCCAGACGGCGUUCUCCUCUCCCCGUCAGAGGACGCCGCUCUCAUCCACGCAGAGCAGGAAGUCAAGUCGGCGGCAGACUCGGCUCCUUCCUGUAGGUCCACAGAAUCGGACGCUGCGUCUGAGCAGGAGACGGAGCAGCAGCGCGUGGCCAAAGGUCUGCGGGUCAAAGAUGCUCCGGCUACCUCUAGCUCCACCACGCAGGAGCAGGAGGCGCCUCCAGUGGACGCCCCGGUUAGCAGAGCGAGCGCCAAAGCUCAGGACGCUGCUUCAGAGGGCUCCGAGAGCAGCGAGCCCGCGGAGGCGGCGCCAGAGACGGAGGAGUCCCGGCUGGAGCAUCACUGCAGCUUCUGCAGCAAGCUCUUCACGGGGGCCCGCGUCGUGGAGCACGCCAUGUUCCACUUCCGCCGGGACGAGUGCACCUUCUGCAGAACCGCCUUCAAGGACGACCUGCUGGCCAUGAUGCACCUCUCCGACCACAUAGAGAAAAUGAAGAGGCUGCGGGCCGAAGAGGCCGCCGCCGCCGCUGUCGCCACGGCGACGCCCAGAGCGAAGGCGGCUAACGAGAGACCCAGGAGAUCUGCAGAGGCUCCUCAGAGCUCCGCAGACGCAGCCGAACCCAGAGCCUUAAGGUCCGAGCAGAGGCAGACGAGUGGAACGCCUUCACAGGAAAAACAGGCGUCCAGGCGCGGCGCGGGGGAAGCAGCCGUUCUCAGGGUCAACGGACAUAUCGGCAGGAAGGAGAAAUGCGAAGCGCUGAAGAAAGAUCCGGAGCGGGAACGUGUGCGGCAGCGUCACAGAGCGUCUCAGGACGGCAGGCGGCUCAAACCCGACGACGUGACGACGGGUAAAACCACCGAGGAGUCGCUGACGUCGCCAGAAGACGGCAGGAAGAAGAGGGAGUCGUCACAGCUGAAACGGGCGGAGCCAGAGCGGGCGAAGGCGGAGCCGCAGCGGAGGGUUUCCUGUCCUGUGAAGAGCUGCUCCUGGGCGGCGGACCUGCUGAAGAACCGGGUCAGCCUCCUCUACCACGUCCUGGACAACCACGGCGGCGACGCCACGCCCCUGGAGCUGGCGUUCCGCGUGGGCAACGGCAAGUGCGGCAUCUGCAUGAGGGUGAUGUGGAGCUUCGAGCACUUCCAGCACCACGUGGAGCGCCACCGGCUCGCCCCCCGCCACCCCUGCCCCCACCGGGGCUGCGGCGCCCGGUUCAAGAGCGGCAACGAGAUGAGGCGCCACGCCAGGAAGCACAGCCCCCUGCAGGCGGCGUGCUGCCGGCCCGGAUGCCCCCGGCUCUUCAUCUGCCUCUGGGCGCUGAACCUCCACGAGAAGGAGCACUACGGCAAGUCGGCCGAGCCGGAGGGGAAGAGAACGCAGAGCUCAGAGGGCGCCGCCAGGUUAAGAGAGCGAGAAAGAAACGCCGCUCUAAGUAGAGAUGGCGCGUCCAGACGGAGAAACAGAAGCACAGAGUCCGACUCGUCUGAGGAAGACUCCUCCUCUCCUGCCCCCAUGACCAUCAACCUCAGGCUGAGGCAAACCAGGAAGCUGCAGCCGCCAAACCCGGCCGCCAACAACCAGAGAGGCGUCUCGUCCUCGCUGAGACACAGACGCCACGUGAAGAGCCGGCUACGGCUGAGGAGCGUCAGGAUGGCCACCAGGAGUCUGAAGAGGAGGCGCUGCCCUCCGAGGCUGAGCAAAACCGCCAGGACUAAAGGAGAGGAGGCCGACGGGAGGGGAUCAGAGUCCAGGCGGGUGGCGAGGAACCAGGUGCCCAGCAGGCCUCAGGUCUCCUCCUCUAAGCAGCCUGGCCUCCCCAGACAGAAGCAGGCUGCUGACAAGAAGCCGCUCAGAAACCACGCCGUGCCUUCAGAGUCUAGCAGGUCAAAGAGAAACAAGGCCGGAAAGGUUCAGGAGCACAAAAGGGCCGCCGAGGCGCGCCACAAACCCAGCGCCGCUUCUAGAAAGACUCCAGCUAAAGCUGAACGUCCCGCUAAAAGCCGAGCUUCAGCCGAGGCCGGCUCCUCUAGCCCCGCGCCCGCCGACCCAGAGGAGCCGGCGGCAGCGAAAGCAGAGGCGACGUCGAAGACGGCGGCCGUCAGGAGGGAGGAGAAGGCCGACGUCCUGCCAGAGAAGAGGAGGCUCAGUCAGAAGGCGAAGGAGAAAGAAGCAGGCAGCAACGAAAGCGCUAAAAUCCCCCCCAAGUCCACGGUGGAGGCCAAAGACCCGGACCGGCCGAGCAAAGCUGCAGGAGCAGAGGGCAUACUGAAGGGAUUAAAGAAGCUGAUAAAGAGCACUCUGGACGAGAAAGGAAAGAGGAAGGAGGCGUCUGACGCCUCCUCCCCUCCAUCCACGCCGCCCAGCGUUUUGACCCCCGCUCCACCCGCAGCCCCCGAGCCGACCAAGCCGAGCGCUAAGAAGACGGACAAACCCAGGAGGCCGAACUCCUCCGACAAGUCUGAGAGCAGCAGGGCCGCCAAGAGGAGCAGAGAGGUUGAUAAGGACAAGACGAGGAAGGCGGCCAAGAAGAAGCGUGACGAGGCCAGCCAGCCGGCAGCCGAGGCGUCUGCCAGACCUGAGCAGGCAGACGCUCCUCCUCCUCCUCCUGGGGCAGACGGCGCCGCGUCUGAGGCGCCGUCUGCUGACAGGACGGGAUGGACGAAGGACGUCAGGACGCCGUGUAAGAAGACGCUCGCUGCCUACGGCAAGAAGCCGUACCUGCGCCUGCCGCCCACCGCCUACCUGGACGAGAAGUACACCGCCAUGCCGAAGCGCCGGAAGGAGGCGCCGCCCUGCCCGUCCAGCCGCGACGUCCCCGAGUCGGCCCGCCUGGAGGCGGCGCUGCAGAGGCACCGCUGCGCCAAGUGCUUCUCCACGUUCAGGAGCGCCGAGGAGCUGCAGAGCCACGGCCAGCAGCAGAAGUGCUCCAACCUGUUCGGGUUCGACUCCGACGACGAGGGCAACAGCUGAGCCGGCGCCAAAGGAGCUAGCGAGGAAACCAGAGCAUCGAUCGCACCUCGACGAGUCGGCCCACAACUGAACAGGAACGGACUGCAGAGCGCCGGCGUGGAGCGGACGCGCUGCCCAGAAUCAACCUCUGACCGGGUGGAACGGUGGCCCUGAAGCGGCGGCGCCGGCCCGUAUGGAGACGAAACCAACGCGUGAAAACAAGGCUACGCACGGCUGGUCAUCAGGGACACCGGCUGCUUUUUGCACUCCUCUCAUAGGAUUUUCCAAGUGGUUUUGUCCUCAUGUUUGAAGGGCCGUAGCAUUAAAAGUUCAGUUUUAUCACCAUAGGGUCACAAUUUAGACUGAGUCUAAGUGUAAGGUUGCUGUAUCAGUCUUCUUUAAGAGGUAUUUUAACGUCUAACUCUUGUUUAAAAACUAACUGUAUUUCUUUAUAUUAAAAAAGAAAAAAAAGGAUCCCUAUGAGGCUGGUUCAGCUUCAUUCAUGCUGCUUGUCCUUGCAGUAAGUAACCAGUAGGGGGCGGUGUGCGCCAAUCUUGAGCUUCUCAUCCAGGUGACCUCUUGUUUUCCUGCUAAGGCUUUAUCGGCCGCCUGAACGCUUUCUGACACGCUAAAGCUGCUCACUUUUUAUUUCCCUACGGUGUUCACCCAAGAAAUGGCUUCAUUUUUUUAAAUUAUCUUAUUGUGUAAUUUAACGACUACAAUAAUGACCCACACAAUGUGCCAGUGUCCUACUAAUUUAUCAUGAUUGUUUUCUCUUUUUUAUGUCGAUCAUGCUUCACGUUUGAGUCCGUUUUCUGUCCUAUUUGCUUUUCAUAGCAUAUUAGUGGCUUUUCUCCCUCCGAGUCGCAUUUCUUCUCCAGGAUUACGUCAAACGAGCUCCGAGUGAGGCCGCAUGCGUCACAGGUUUUAUUUAUUUGCUUUCUUUUCUAAAUAUAUAAAUGUAUAUCUUUUGUAAAUAUCCGAAGAGUUUCAAUGGCUUAUUAUAUAAAUGCAGGAGCCGGGUUUAUAUUUUGUUCUUGAGGACGGGGGGGGUGGGCGAGAAAAAAUAAACUGUUUCAAAUUGGC